GGCAUUAAAUCCUACUGGGGUCUAUACCAUAAAGCCGGUUUAGUUGGUAAGCCAGGUAAGUUUAGGAUUAGUUUGUGCAAAUCCUGGGUUUUGGGUACCAUGAAAAUAGCUUGUACCAACAAGGCCUGGUCACAUUGGCUUGGUUUUGUCAACUUGAAACUAAUCCUGUAACAAUGAGUUUGUUUAACCAUUUUCAUGGUAUAGGCCCCUGGAGUAUGUUCCAAAAAACACACUACAAAAGGAAAUCUUAAGUGUCUUCUCUCUCCAGUACAGCAGGAGGCGCUCUGCAGCUCUUUAGUCCACUGAUAAACCCACUAAAGAAAGAAAGAAAGAGCUCACGUGUGAUGUGUUUGUGUAUCCUCAGUGUUUCUCUCUCUUAAGUGUUUUAUUGAGUGUAAACAGAGUCUUGUCUCUGUGUAUUUUAGUGUUGAUGAUGGAUGUGAUGUGCUGUAAAUCAGUAGGAACUGAUCUGUCCAUGCUGGAUAUUGAUGAUUUCAUCACAGAAAUCUCUCAGCUGAAGAAAGAGGUGGCGUUACUGGAGACAAAGCUGAGGUUAAGAGGAGAUGAAGGACUGAAGAGAGAGGACUCCGAGCUCAGUCUGACUUUACUCUGUUAUACUGAGUCAAAGCCCACAGACGCUCAGGACACUACAGUGUGUGACAGUAAUCAGGGCUUACAGGAUGAGGAAUCUACUGAUCAAACCUCCACAGAGUCUCUGGAUUCUGUCUGGAACGCUGGAGAACAGCAGCAGAUCCUGCAGACCAAACUCAAGAUGUGUUCAGUCAAACUCAUCGACUGCUCGAACCUCAUGAUGGAGACGGAAAGAGAAAACACAGAAGAGGAAGAUCACGCUAAUGAUGAUGAAGAUGCAGUGAAGAAUUUUGACAACGAUGAUGAUGAUUUUAUUCCUUCACGUGAAAAAACUGAUUCAUGUUGUGAUGGGGAAAUAACGUCCUCAACAUCAGAAGAGCGACGGACAGCACAAACUUUUUCCUGCAUCACCUGUGGAAAGACGUUGAGCUCACAGGGACAUUUAGAGAGACAUGAGAGAAAACACACAGAACAGAAACUCUUCACCUGCAAGAGAUGUGGGAUCAGCUUUACUACCUUACAAGAGAAGAGACGUCAUCAUUCAAAAGUGCACAGAGAGAUGAAGCAGCCAUUUCAUUGUGAGCAGUGUGAUAAAGUUUAUUCCUCUGUUUCUAAACUGAAAGUUCACAUGAGGACACACAGUGGUGAAACACAGACAUUCAGCUCAGAGAAACAUGAACACACAGAUCAGAUACUCUUCACCUGCAGGAGAUGUGAGUUGACCUUUACUACCCUAAGAGAGUUGAGACUUCAUUCAAAAGUGCACAGAGUUAAGAAGCACUGUGAGCAGUGUGGUAAAGGUUAUCUCUCCUCUACUAGUCUGAAAGCUCACAUGAUGACACACAGUGGUGAAAGACCGUUCCACUGCAGUAAAUGUGACAUGCGUUUCAGGACCAGGAAUUGUCUUGUUGGUCAUGAGAGAAUUCACACGGGAGAAAAACCAUACAAGUGUCCUCACUGUGAGAUGAGUUUCAGCCAAAAAGCCUAUCUGAAGAAACAUGUGUUUUUACACACCAAUGAGAGACCGUAUCAGUGCAGUCAAUGUGACAAAGCUUUUAGGGAUUCAGGUUGUCUAAAGAUACACCAAAUAAUUCACUCUGAAGAGAAACUCCAUCAGUGUUCAUACUGUGAUAGACGUUUCCGUCGUAAAUCUCAUCUGAUAGACCAUGAGAGAAUUCACACUGGAGAGAAACCUUAUCUCUGUCCUCAAUGUGGAAAAAGAUUUUCUUGUUCAGGUACUUUUAAAGAUCAUCAGAAAGUUCACACUGGAGAAAAACCUCAUCAAUGUAGUGUUUGUGGGAAGAGUUUUACUAAACAUUACAAUUUAGUGACACACCGGAGAACUCAUACAGGAGAAAGACCUUACAAAUGCUCUUUGUGUGAGAAGACAUUUACUCAAGCGGUUCUUCUGAGAAUCCAUUUGAGAGUUCAUACUGGAGAGAAACCUUACCGAUGCUCCAUUUGUGGAGAGAGAUUCGCUAAUGUAGGACCUUUUAAGAGUCAUAAGAAGAAACAUGUUCAAAACGACCUAACCUAUUAAAAAGAGUCCGUUCAAUAAUAACAGCCAAAUGUCUGAAGAGUUGAAAAAAUAAAAGAUGUAUUGAUUAAUUAAUUGUUCGUUUACAACUAGCUCUGUCCCCUUUUUACUUAAAAUUGCUUGAUCUGAGUGCUGCUUUUGAUACUGUUUCACACAAGGUUCUUAUCUGUCUCUGGUUCUGCUCUUUCAUGGAUUGUUUUUAUCUCACCGAAAGAAACUUCAUCUCAAUGUACAAUUUUAAAUCUUCCAUAGCUCCACUUAUGUAAGGUGUUCCUCAAGGUUCAGUUCUUGGUCCAUUACUCUUUCUAGUUUAUGUACUGCCCCUUUAUCAUAUUAUCCAUAGACCCUUUUAAACCCCACGUGAUCAAAUUGCCAUCGUAUGUUGCCACAUCAUCAUUGUGUACAAACAGUAGAAGGGUCUAUAGACGUGGUUUUAAAUAUCACAGUUAGGCCUGUGACAUUUUAACCUAUUUCACCGCUUUGUCUGUUGACUCACUUUAAUUUUUUGCCUUGAAUGAAUUUCUGUAUUAGUUAAUUGUAUUUGGUCCACAGUCUAAACUAUUCUAAAAACAGUGCUAACUAACAUUUACUAUUUAUAACAGACCUUUUUUUAUUUUCUUUCAAUAAACAAUUUGUGGAUACAAUUAGACCUUUUCAAUCGUUUAGCAACUUUAUUGCUAAGACAGAAUUUUACCAUCUGUGUAACAUUGCCCGCCUGCAUCUGCUCUCAGCACUGAUGAUAUCACAACUUUGGUGCAUACUCUUAUAAUGUCACAUUCUGACUAUUGUAAUUCCGAUUUCAUUGGGCUACCUGCCAAAACAAUUUUAAGUCAUAUACCCAGCAUAUCCAAAUUUCCAGCAUAUCCAAAACUCUGCUGCCAGAGAAGUCAAACACAUUAAUUCAUGAAUAACACUGGCUACCUCUCUCAGACAGUAUAAAAAAUAAAGUAAUUGUUAACUUUUAAAUGUCUUAAUGGUUUUGCCCCACUCUACCUGUCAGAUUUAUUGGUCUCUACUCCUAGUCAUUUCCUUUGUCAUCCUGACUCCAAACUCCUUAAUAUUCCUUGUUUCUGCUUGACAUGCAGGGGCGGAGUGGCAAUCGGGAAAGUCGGGACUUUUCCCGGUGGGCCGGUAGUGUUUUAAGGCCGCGAAGGCGGGUCUGAUAAUAGCCGUGCUUUCAGUCUUUAGUCGUGCACUCCGGCCACACCAAAACCUAUUUAUCAUAUAUUUAAUAUGCUUCAGCGCUCAAAAUGUAUCUGGCCGCACCGCUCUCUCUAUCAAGCCCGUCUCCCCUGGAGUUCUAUCAGCCAAUCAAAAAAUAAAGAAAGAGGCUACACAAUAGCCAAUCAGAAAAUAGGACUGUUGUAUCUGGGUAAGAUUUAACGCAACAACCAAUAAAAAGCAUAGCCUCGCACACCACAGAGGAAUGGAGCUUCGAGCAUCACUUUGAGCAGCAAAGAGUAGCCUAAGUCUGAUCUCCUGUUUUAAUGUUACAACAAAUGCACAACUUUGACACAAACAAUGACAACUUGACUGCUGUUAGAGAAUGUUUCCCAGAUAAUCAGCAUCAGUUUUUCACGAGUGUAUGGAACUUAGCCAACAGUUUACAGCCUGUUGACUGACAACACCUGCUCAGAACAUGUAAGUUGCGUUAUAUUUUCGUUAUCACACGAUGACUGACAUUUUGUCACAUAAAACAUCUCUCUCCAAACAGGCUUAAUAAUUUUAUAAGCAACUGCUUUGCAACCAUAGUAAGCUUAAUCUUACCUAAAACUAGGGAACUGUUGUUGACUUUAAGAUCUUUUAAAUAAUAGUUAUUACACUUGGUAUUUCAUGUUGUUGUGCAGUCAUUUUAUUGUAAUUUUAGAUUUCAGCAUUUGCUUAUUUUUUUUGACCAUGGAGGGCUGGUGGUCUAUGAAAUUUCCCGGUAGAUUUUUGGGUCCCACUCCGCCCCUGUUGACAUCUAUGUGGUGUCGAUUGUUUGGUGUCAUGGCAGCUUAACUAUGAAACUCACUACCACUGACUAUGCUUGACAUAACUUCCAUCUCUUCCUUCAAGUCUCAACUAAAACCUUACUUAUUUUCUCAAUACUACCAUUCCUUAACAAUUUUGUACAUUGUAUAGUCUAAUCUUGUAUAAUCGACUUAAAUUGAGAUGUGUGUACUAUUGAUCAUUAGUUUUUUGUACAUACAGUGUCCUUGAAUUAAGCCUGAGAAAUGUAUAAAUAAAAAAGCCUGGAAUUUAUAAAUAAAAUAUGAAUAAUAUAAUUAUAGUUUUACUAACACUGAUCAGAUUUUAUGGUAGAUUUUCUCUUAUAUUCAUGAUGAAUUUAUCUUUUACAUCAUCUUUUACCUUGAAAUAAAGUAAUCUUACAAUAAAUCUGUUCUUAAAUUUACAUG